AAACUCCCCGCGACAGCCUGGUACCUGGCGAAUCCUGUUCUUACUCCUUCACACCACAUCCUUUCCUUCAUAAUACCGCCAAGGCGCAUGAGAAUGGUCUUUUCGGCGUAAAGCGUCACAGCCUUGGCUGUGGCAUUUUUCAGGAACUCACGCAAGUAUGGCGUGGCGGACACCCGGGGCAUGGAAGACGCCGCUCAGCAAAGACACCAAGAAGGAUGACUCAAGCUUUCCGGGCCUCAAGCCCACAACGCCAGAUGCGACGGCCAAGAUCGAGUAUGAGGAGCUGCAGCAGAAUGAGCUGCUCGCUCUGGAAGCCAUCUAUGGCGACGACUUCGUGAAGCACAACGAAGGCCACAGCGCGUGGAAGGUGCGUCGACACACCCUUGCGCCCUCGACCCACGACGCAACGACCCUCGUGUCGCCUGCUAACGGGCGACUACCAGAAAACCGAGCCGUCUUUCGAUAUUCACGUUAAGGCAUCGACAGACAGCGAUUUUGCCGUCACUCUUGGCUUCGUCAUGACCGCUACCUAUCCCAAAACACCACCUCUUCUCACCGUCAAAGGCCUGGAAAACCUGCGCGAAGCAACGCAAUUCAAAGUGCAAAAGUUUAUUGAGACUGAGCCCAAGCUGUUCGCCAAAGAUGAACAGGAAAUGGUUGACAAGAUUGUCGAGGGUGUCAGAGACGUUCUUGAAGACGCGGCGCAAGCAAAGGCAACCGGCAAGCACCUGCCGUCGCUUGAGGAGGAGCGCGAGAGGCAUGAGGCCAAUCUUGCCGAGCUCGCUCGAAAGCAAAGGGAAAACGAAGAGCGCAAAAAGUUGGAAGAGACCAAGGAAGAGGAGCGGGUCAUGUCGCAGAUGCUCCAGCAGCAGCUUCAACGCCAGCGACAAAAGGCCAAAGAGUCCAGGCAGAGCAGACGGCCGAAUGCAGCGGGAAACAGCCAACUGACGCAAAGCACCGAAUCGGAUGCUGAACAAAUCGACUUUGAUCAGUACUGCGACACAACUGACAAGACCGGCAACGUCCUCACCUUUAGAUCAGUCUCUGGAAAAUGCGAUGAGCGCCGAGGCCGAGUCUCGGCUGUUUUCACGGUUCGACCCGUCCUCGCCGGCGGCCAGAGCAGUCACUCUUUGGCGCUGAAGGAAGCUGUUCUGCAGUCGAGUGGGAGAGACUGCAAAGACCUCAAGAAGCAGAUACAGUCUCUUGAAUCGCGUCUGCAAGAUCUCAAGUCUGGAAAGAAGAUCCAGCAUCGUCAUCUCGUUGAAAUCCUCGACUUUAAGGUGGAAAGCGGAUUGCCGGACGAUGCAGCAGCCCCAAAUGCUUGGACAGUGCGAGUACUCACGCCGCUGGCUGACAAGGGCUCUCUCGACGAGCUCCUGGAGCUCGCCGGGCAUCUAGACAUCGGCAAGGUUCGUUCUUGGACGCGAGACUUGCUCGACGCACUCAACUUUCUGCACAACAAGAACAUCGCUCACCAGGAUAUUCACGCGGGGAAUAUCUUGCUCUUUCGGGAAUCCACGGGCGAAAUCGUGCCCAAGGUAUCUGAUGCAUGGUAUCAAAGGGAGAUUCACAACGCCAGUGUGCAGCAACAAGGUAUGCCUGGGCUCAACUCUGCCAAGUCUGCCUAUUGGCUUCCACCGGAAAUUGCAGCGACGUCGAAACCGCAGUACACGUUCAAGACGGAUAUCUGGGAGUUUGGGGUGGUAUUUGUGCAGAUGAUCUUUGGCCUCGACGUCCUUCAAAAGUAUUCGUCGCCUAAGAACCUCAUGGAGAGCCUCACGCUCUCACACUCUCUGCAGGAGCUCGUGGGUCGCUUCUUCAAAGAAGACAAGCAAAAAAGACCGCGAGCCUUCGAACUCGGCGCUAGCGAAUUCCUGGCCACGGAUGCUCCUGUGCUCAUGGAGGAUAGCUCCACUGUCUUGUCGGCCACGCCUUCUUUAACCUCGUUGCAGACAUACCCUGUUCGAAUGAGGCGUGAAUCCAUGAACCGAAAUUCCGCCGUCUCUCGAUAUACUGAGGAUUUUGUUGAAGAAGGCCGGCUCGGCAAGGGCGGGUUCGGCGAGGUCGUCAAGGCGCGCAAGAAGCUAGAUGGCCAGAUCUACGCCAUUAAGAAGAUCACGCAGCGUUCUCAGACCAGUCUGACGGAGAUCCUCAAGGAAGUACGGCUUCUUUCGCAGCUCAGCCACCCAGCCGUCGUGCGCUACUACAAUACUUGGGUGGAAGAAGUGUCCGAUUUGACGGACACCGAAGGCGAGACAUCUACCGACGACUACACCGAGGAAACUCGCGAGACUGGCUCAGCCGGCAUUGACAUACAGUUCGCCACGAGUACAGGUGGGCUGGACUUCAUGUCAUCCAAUGCAAACAUCGACUUCGGCUACGAAGAUGACAGCGAGGAAGACGAGGAGGACGAUGACUCUGACGACGAUGAAAGCCCCAUGGUAGAUGAUGCAGCUGGCAAUCAACCGCUAUCGCCUGGCAGGGAGAGGCAUGCGGUGUUCCAACGGCGCGCUCGAUUCCACCGACCAUAUCGCACCAUUCUCUAUAUAUCGAUGGAGUACUGCGAAAAGAGAACCCUGCGAGAUCUGAUUUCUCGCAAUCUUUGCAAGAACACGCCAGAGAUCUGGCGCCUGUUUCGGCAGAUACUAGAGGGCCUAGCCCAUAUCCACAGUCUCAGCAUCGUCCACCGCGACUUGAAGCCCGAGAACAUAUUCAUCAGCAGCAGUGUCGAUGGAGUCGACAAUGUCAAGAUUGGCGACUUUGGUCUCGCAACGAGCGGUCAGUUUUCAGUCGAUAAGGCAGCUGCUAACACUCUUGGGACGGACAACAUGACUAUGAGCAUUGGAACCGCCUAUUACGCGGCGCCUGAGGUCAGAUCUGCCGCCAACGGUCACUAUAGCACCAAAGUGGAUAUGUAUUCGCUCGGUAUCAUCUUCUUUGAGAUGUGCUACCAGCCUAUGCUAGGCAUGCAAAAGGCAGAAGUUUUUAAGCAAUUGAGACUGCCAAAACCAGAGCUUCCGGCCGACUUCAGGCCGGCCGAGAGGACCCAAACGGAAAUCGUCUUGUCGCUGCUCAACCACAGCCCCAAGGAAAGGCCAUCCGCUGCCGAACUGCUUAAGAGCGGUAAAUUACCGGUUCAGAUGGAAAGCGAAACAAUCAGACGCACUCUUGCCGGGCUGUCGGACCCCAGCUCACCCUAUUACGCCAAAAUGCUGAGCACACUGUUUAACAGACCAGUUGAGCCUACAAAGGACUUUGCUUGGGACAUGAUCGCCAGCACGCCGAGCUCAACCGAGCUUCUUCACCAGAGCGUCGUCAAAGGCGCGCUGACAGCCGUUUUUCGUCGCCACGGCGCCUUGGAGAUGCCUCGUACCUCCAUAUAUCCCAGGUCGAAUCAUUAUGGCGAUAAUGUCGUACACCUGCUGGAUCCCAACGGGACUGUUCUCCAAUUGCCAUAUGACCUUAUCAUGGGGCAUGCCCGCAUGGUGGCCAAGCAUCCGAGCACAAUCCAGCGAACGUUUACGUUUGGCAGUGUGUACAGGGAUAGGCAGGACACCGGUCAGCCGCAAAUGUUCGGCGAGGUCGACUUCGACAUCGUGACGCAUGACACGCUCGACCUUGCUUUGAAAGAGGCAGAAGUGCUCAAGGUACUUGAUGAGAUUGUGCUUGCAUUUCCUUCCCUGUCAUUCAGCCAGAUGUGUUUCCAUGUGGGACACUCGGACUUGCUACAACUCAUCUUUGAGCAUUGCAGAGUCCCGCCUCCCUCUAGGCGAGCAGCAGCGGAUGUCCUUAGCAAGCUGAACAUACACAGCCACACAUGGCAGAAGAUCCGCCUGGAGUUACGCUCGCCUGCUGUGGGCGUCUCAGCCACCAGCGUUGACGAGCUGGCGCGAUUCGAUUUUCGAGAUACGCCUAACAAAGCUUUCACGAAACUCAGCAAGCUAUUCGAAGGCACAGACAUGUACCAGCGGGCGUCGCCCACGAUCGCACAUAUCAAAGAAGUGGUGGAGUAUACCAAGCGAUUCGGGGUGAACACUAAGAUCUACGUCAAUCCGUUGAACAGCCUCAAAGAAAACUUCUAUGCUGGGGGGAUACUAUUUUCGUGUCUCUACGACAAGAAGUCAGGAAAGGAUGUAUUUGCCGCGGGCGGUCGAUAUGACCACUUGAUCAAGGAGCAACGGCCCAAAAUCGGUGGCCACGUCGACGAGAGACAUGCAGUAGGUUUCAGCCUGGCGUGGGAGCGGCUAGCGCGGAUUCCCAAAUCGGGAGGAAAGUCGUUUCUCAAAAAGCCAGAGGAUGAGAUUACAAGCAUGUUCUCGGGACGAAGGUGUGACGGUCUCGUCGCCAGCUUCGAUGCGUCACUCCUUCGAUCCGCAGGCGUUGAGAUCCUUCAGCUGCUCUGGGCGCACGACAUCAGUGCCGAGCUUGCCAAAGACGCCCGGUCUCCAGAGGACCUGCUGUCGAAGCAUCGGGACGAAAACUACUCUUGGAUCAUCAUCAUCAAGCAGGACUCCAUGCUGAAGAUCAAGACGAUGGGCAGAAGUGAUGUCGCCGACGUUGACAUUCCCACGACGCAACUGCUUGCGUGGCUGCGGCCACAGAUUCGCGAGCGCGACUCCAGAGCGGCGACGAAGGUUCGAGGCAGCGCGCCGCAGGCCGAGUCAACGAUGUCUGGUGGCGGUGACAAGGUCUCAGAGCAAGAGGUUAAGGUGCUGGUGGCUCAGACGCGGAGCAAGAAGUUUAACCGUCGCACAGUGGUCGAGCAGGCACAAGCCAGCGCUGCGAGCCUGGUGCGGUCAUUCCUGGACGGACCCAUCCUGGCCGUUGAGACAACCGAUCAGGUGAUGGACCUCAUCAGGCAGACGAGCAUCUCAGAUCCGGAAAGCUGGCGCAAGGUCGACCAUGCAGUUACGACGUCGGAGAAGAAGUACGUGCGAGAGCUGCACGACCAGCUCGACACGUGGAGGCAUGCAUACGAGAAGAAGAACGGCACGAGGCACUCGUUCAUCUACAACUUCCGCACGGGAACGUCCAUCUACUACGAUCUGGACGACUGAGCUUGCGAUGACGCGUUCUGCACGAGGCACGUGCAUGCACUGCAAGGGGGUAAGGCCGCUGGUCCCUGGAUAGCGAUGAUGGAAUGCGGAAGGGACGGAUGAUGCGGGCCAAGGCGUCUCCUGCGGACGACGAUGAGGAAGCGUGUACCUUCACGUAGCCACGGCUAC